AUGGGCUCCUCCAAGUCGCCUCCAGAUAGAGAAAAGUCGACCCAGGACUCGAUCAAAUUCAACUGUCCAAAUUUUUCCGAUCUUAGAGGCUCGCCUCAUUCUCGCUCGCGCCAGCCGAGCCAGGAUAGCCAUUAUUGGAUGAACGAAUUUCUGGCUCAAGAAGCUGCUUCCCCCAUCUUCAAUCGGGAAGAGGGAAGUUCAACCCGUGGCACCCCGGAUCAGCAUCGGCCACUUACUUUCCGGUCUCUGAAGCGAGGUGAUAUCCAUCCCGUUGAGCAUAGAAUCGACCUCUCCUCCCAGUCGAAGCAACCCCUCGUUCCGGACUCGAGCUCUAUUUUCUCAGUCACCAAGCCUGUUGCCGCGGGGGAAAACGACAACGAGAAGAGCAAGGAGCAAACUGGACAACAAGACGUCCACCGAGAUCUUCUUCAGCCCGAGUCUGAACCUUCGGAAGCCCAGGCACGUCGUUUCUCAGCUAAGUACUUUGAGAGCUUCGUAUGGCCUUUGAUGAAACCAAAGAUUGUGGAACUGAGCGAAAAGGAGAUCCACACGCAGAUUAAAGCUUUGCUGGACGAGGAAGUGACUUCACUCAGAUCAUUGACGCGAACCCCGCGAUUAAAAGCAAAUAGCACGCCUGAAGAGUACGAACUGUACGUUCGAUUCCUUCGAGAGAGACUUGCGCAGACCCCUUCCGUGGUGGCAAAGAGUGAAGCUGUCAUGUCGAUGGUGAUGAACCUGUUACCAGGUCUAAAAGCAAGCUUGUCUGGGCUGAUCACCGAGACCACCGUGGAAGAGACCGAGUCGGAAGAUCACAUAGAGCAAGAGCCUGAUGACGAGCGGGAGGCAGACGAAGAGCAAAAUGAGCCAGUCGAACAAGAAGAGCCCCUCGAACAAGAGCUCGCUGACCAGGGCGAGUGCAUCCAGCAAGAGGAGCCUUCUGAGCCACAGGAAACCAAGGAGCUGGAAACCGAUGUUGAGCAAGGCCAACCUGGAUGGCAGUAUUCUCACGCUGGGCGAGAGGAAGAUGAUGAGCAAGAGGAGUCCGAAGACAGCGAGGCAACGACAAUCUUAGAUGACGACGGCUCACUCUACCAAGACGACCCGUUUGAUAUUGACGAGGAAGACAGUGUCGUGCCUUCGGUAGAGCCGCAUACCCCUAUUGUCACCCCUCGACUUAUGACUCAGCUACGCACCUACGAGAAGAAGUACUCGAAGACUCUCAAAUCUUCACAGCUACAGAAACGCGGUCGUACUCAUAGCUCUUUGCAUGACCAUUCCGCGACAAACACUCCAAGUCGCCACACCGGAAGGCUUCCUGAAACCCCUGACAAUCUUGUAAUUCAGCGACAAGAAGGCAAAUUAGAAACUGCCAGCGAAAAGCAGGGAGAGCUGAACAGGGCUGCCGCGAAGAGACGCGCAUCGGAGAUGACACCGACUCCAGUUCGAUCAGCCAGCAAGAGACUGCGUCUAGAUUGGCAAUCGACGGAGCGCGUUCUGGACGGACAGUCGGCGGAGCUUAUCAUGAAAGGACAAUCAUUGGAGCCUAUUCUAGAUGGACAAGCGUCGGAGCCAGUCCUGGAUAAAAAGUCACCAGAGCCUAUGCAAAGUCCAGCCUCCAGUUGUUCGGACUUUCCCUCUCUGGAGGAGCUAUUCAGCUCAAGUUUGGGUAAGCUCUCAUCCCCAGUUCGACAGAGCUCAACGGCUCCGAACAUGGCGUCUACUCCGCCAUCGAGCAAGGGCAAGGAAAGUGAGGUAAAUCGCAGCAACACCAAGCCUCCCGUUCCGCGCUUCAGCAAGGAGCCAGGACUCUUCGUGACGCCCUCUCCGAUCCCUGCAUCUGCCAACAAGCCGUUCACGUUCAAACGAAGCGCAUCUCGCAGUGUACGGCAUACCACCCCAUCACAACGACAGCGGGAUAGCAUGCCGCCUUCUCGAUUUCGAGAGACAACGGCGGAUUUUGAAGCUUUGGAUCAUUCGGAGAAGCUGAUGCUGCUUUUCAAGAUGUCCCGAGGUAACAUGAGGGGUUAA